AUGCCGGUCACUUCCAAUACCGGCCGCAGGAAGGAUGCUCCUCAGCCUACCUGUGACCAAGUCGAGACUGCAUCGUGCCCCAGAAUUCUCACCGAGGCCGAUUGUUAUUCCGAGCUGGGGUUUUCGUUCUCCACUGCCAAAAAAUGGACUAUCAUUCUGGUCAUAUUCCUCGUGCAGACAUCCAUGAACUUCAAUACCAGCUUAUAUUCCAAUGCUAUAUCCGGCAUCUCAGAAGAAUUCGAUGUGAGCAAACAGGCGGCCCGCUGUGGUGCUAUGAUCUUCUUGGUCCUAUACGCAUUCGGUUGUGAACUUUGGGCCCCUUGGAGCGAGGAAUUCGGUCGAAAGCCCAUUCUUCAACUCAGCUUGUUUCUGGUCAACAUAUGGCAGAUCCCAGUCGGGAUUGCUCCCAACUUUGCUACCAUAAUAAUCGGUCGAGCGCUGGGUGGUAUUUGUACGGCUGGAGGUUCUGUGACACUGGGGAUGAUAGCAGAUCUCUGGGAGGCCGAUGACCAGCAGUAUGCAGUAGCAUGCGUGGUGUUUUCUUCUGUGGGAGGGUCAGUUCUUGGACCGGUCGUCGGGGGCUUCGUGGAAGAAUACCUCCCGUGGCGAUGGAAUAUCUGGAUCCAACUCAUUUUUGGCGGCUUCGUCCAGCUCGCCCAUUUAGUCCUCGUCCCGGAGACAAGAACAUCCGUCAUGAUUGACAGGAUUGCCAAACGGCGAAGGACCAAAGGGGAGGACGUGUAUGGUCCUAGUGAAUUGACCCCCCUUCUGGACCGAUUCUCGGUGGAAGAAAUUCUUCAGACGUGGCUCCGCCCCUUCCGCAUGUUACUCACCGAACCCAUUGUGCUGUGUCUGUCCCUACUCAGCGGCUUCACUGACGCUCUGAUUUUCAUUUUUAUUCAGUCUUUUGGUCUUGUAUACGCACAAUGGAACUUCAGCACGGUCGCGAUCGGUCUUUCCUUUAUUCCUAUCAUGAUAGGCUAUGUCAUCACUUGGAUCAUGGUCAUCCCAGUGAUUAAAUGCAACGUCCACGAGCGCCGGACGAAGCCAGACGAUGAGCGAGCUCAGUACGAGUCUCGCCUCUGGUGGCUUCUUUACACAGCCCCAUGCCUUCCUAUUGGAAUGAUCGGUUUCGCGUGGACUAGUCUUCCGCAGGUCCAUUGGAUUGGCAGUAUGUUCUUCUCGGCCUUGGUCGGCAUCGCCAACUUCAGUAUCUUCAUGGGCACAAUUGACUACAUGAUCUGUGCUUACGGGCCUUACUCUGCAUCGGCUGCAGGAGGUAAUGGGUGGGCCAGAGACUUCUUGGCUGGUAUACUGACGGUUCCUGCGACGCCGUUCUAUGAAAAUAUUGGCCGUAAGUAUCAUUUGGAAUAUGCAUCCACCAUUCUCUUCUGUAUCUCCACCCUCCUCGUUGCAACAGUCUACGUUAUAUACUUCUACGGUCCUGUCCUCCGCAAACGAUCCCCGUUCGCCCAACAACUAUCAGAUGCUAGGGAAAAUAUACACAGCAGGAUGGUAGGAAAUAUACGGGGUGAUAUAUAG